AUGGACCCAAACCUGCCCGCGACCGAUGGCUUCUUCGGCCUAUCCUUCUUGAACGCCGACAAUAUGCUGGACACUGGCGACAUUGUCAACAUCGAGGAACCUACCGCACCCACGGAUAACCAAGAGUUCAACUAUUGGUAUCCGGAAGCUCAUCCACAGAUCGAUGAGCCCUUAUUCCGCAACCCGGCCGAUGUCCAGCGAGUACUCGACGACCGGCCUGCAGAAGAUAGGACACCGGUCCCUAACCAACAGAGUACUAGUAAUGCCUCUCCAGAAUUGGCGUUGGCUGAAAUGGCCUCGUACAUAAACUGGGACGGGACUCGACCAGCGCCGAAAACCUCGUCGACUGUGUUUAAGUUUGGCGAAGACGAAUAUCGAAAUUUCACGUUCCCAAACCCACCUUCGUCUGGGGGAAAAAGAGAGUUCACUGGCUCGUUCCCCACCCACUUCAACCAGAGGCCAGAGACAAGGUAG